CACGGAUUCACGAAGAGGAAGAGAUACCCAGCCCGGGAUUGCGUCUUCGUUACGAUUCGACGAGCCGUGUUGCCGAGCAACAGCGACAGCGACAGCUACAGAAAUAUUAAGACGGGCGCCGUUAUCGAGUGCUCUACUUUCUUCUACACACACCUUUUUCAAUAAAAGGUCUGCACAGCGACGAGGAAAAUGUCGGCUAGUCCAGAGAUCAAGCCUCAGAACACCGAGGAGGAACCCGUGCAGGCUCCUACCCCCAGCGCUGGCUCUGAGGGUCAGGAAGACCAGGGUACUGAGCCUACGCUUGCUGAGGAUGAGGAGGCGCCAGAAUUAGACGAGAAGAAUAACGAGUCGGAUGAUGAGUCAAUUCUGUCGGAGGUUGACGAGGCGCAGUUUGAGGACUUUGAUCCUGAGAAUGUUGAUGUCGAGGAUCGGCCGCAACUUGCGAUUGAUGAGGAUAACUUGAAGCUUAUUGGGCGGCAUAAGCGGCAGAGGGGUGAGGAGGGGGGUGAUGGGGAGCGGUCGAAACGGAAGAGGGAGGGGCGGAGGGAGAAGAAGAGUCGCCGGAUGAGGGACUUGGAGGAGGCGGGUAGUGAUGGCGAGGGGAAGUCGAAGAAGAGGGAGAGUAGGAAGAGGAGGGAGCCUACGCCGGAGGAUGAGACGAUGGAUCCUGCUACUCGUCGUCGCAGGGCGUUGGAUCGUGCGAUGGACGAGGCGCUUAAGAAGCCGACUAAGAGGCGUUUCCGCAAGGCCGAUGGGAUUGAUUUGGAACAAAUGGCCGAUGCUGAAAUUGAGGAUAUGCGCAAGCGCAUGACCCACGCUGCUCAGUUGGACGCCAUCAAUCGACGUGAGGGCAAGCCCGCUAUGCAUAAGCUGAAGAUGCUACCCGAGGUGGUAUCGCUCCUAAAUCGCAACCAAUAUGUCAACAGUCUAGUCGACCCGGAAAUCAACCUCCUUGAGGCAGUCAAGUUCUUCUUGGAACCUUUGGACGAUGGCUCUCUGCCGGCCUACAAUAUUCAGCGGGAUCUGAUGAACUCGCUGGGCAAGCUCCCGAUCAACAAGGAGGCGCUCAUUGCUAGUGGAAUCGGCAAGGUUAUUGUGUUCUACACCCGCAGCAAACGCCCUGAGGCCGGUAUCAAGCGUAUGGCUGAGCGUCUGCUUGCCGAAUGGACCCGUCCGAUUCUCCAGCGCAGUGACGAUUACUCUAAGCGAGUGUACCAGGAAGCGGAAUUCGAUCCUCGCAAAGUCCAACGUACUGUCCAAUCGGCGGAGGUCACCGCAGCAGAAGCGCGCGCCCGCGAACUACUUCCUCCCCGUUUGGCGAACCGUGCCAGAGCCGACAUCACACAUACCAGCUAUACUGUUGUGCCCCGUCCGACGAUGGUCCAGGAGAGCAAAUUCGCGCGGCCACUGGGCGCAAGCGGAGAGGAUCGAUUCCGAAAGAUGCGUGCCCGACAGAUUGCGGCGUCGAAGGGAUCGCGACGAUAGGGAUAUCAUAUUCAUUCAUGCUAGAUGCAUGUCCACCUUCAUUUUUUUGCAUUUUUCUCUUUCUUUUUCCUUUUCUAUUUCCUUCCUAUUCUUUAUCUUGUCUUAUCUGAAUGUAUGUUACCUACGGUUCAGGUUGCGGGCGUCAUCGGGUCAAGUUGUUAGUUGAAAUCAAGUCAGUCUAGAACAAUCCUUACAUAAAGGAUCUUUUUUUGGGUCUCGGAAACACCUUGCCGAACAGAGUAACAGUAACCUGCCAAUCAUGCCAUCCGGAAAGUCAGGCAGCGGCUUACUCAUU